AAUAUAAAUUAUUUACAUAUAAUAAUAUUUAUAUGUCUAAGUGUGCAUACAGUGCAAUCAAGCUGACUGACCGCACUUAUAUAUAUUAAGAUAGAAAUUUUACUUAAUUGUGUACAAGAGAGAAAAAUUCUAACGAAAUGUUUAAAGAAAUGUGCCUUCAUUUGAUAGUACUUUUGGUUUUAAUAUCUCAAAGAUGCCUUAUAUUGGCAGAUGAACCUGCUGUUAAUUCAGCUGGGCUAUUAACUGCAAAUCGAUAUAGUACACAUCUACAAAGCGAAUCGGUCGCAGUGCCAGUAGCAGCAAAUCAACAACAAAACCUACAGGAACAACCACAAAAUCUCAAUCAUCAUACUCAACAGCAAGCCCAAACCAUUUCCGUGUACCACAAAGUCAGCAGCAGUAGUAGCAAUAAUAAUGUACCCACACAAGGAGGACCACAUUCAAUAUAUCAUGCAGCACCUGGUAGUGGCCAUAUGGAGAAAAGAAAUUCUUAUAAUUUACUUAGCGAAGCGAUGUCACAAGCUGUUAGCAACGAAUUUAGUGCUUUAGGUAGUGGAUCUGCAGAUGGUGCUUGUCAAGCUGAUGAUUUGGAUUGCUAUAGUGGGAAUGUGCAAGAUCGUUUAGGCAUGGAGGCUAUACGCACUUUACAUCGUCAAUUAGAUGAUGAUGAUAAUGGCAAUAUUGAUUUAAGUGAAUCUGAUGAUUUUUUACGUGAAGAGCUGAAAUAUGAUUCUGGAUAUGAAAAACGUCAAAAAGUGUUCCACUUUAAUGAUGAUAUGCACAUUUCUGUUAAGGAACUGUGGGAAGCAUGGUUGCGUUCUGAGGUUCACAACUGGACUAUAGAACAAACGACAGACUGGUUAGCACAGUCCGUGCAGUUACCUCAAUAUGUGGAACUUUUUAAACAACAUAAAGUUACUGGUGCAACUUUACCCAGAUUAGCGGUUAAUAAUAUGCACUAUGUGAGUAAUGUUUUAGGCAUCAAGGAUCCAAUACACAAACAGAAAAUAUCAUUAAAAGCAAUGGAUGUGGUUCUUUUUGGCCCACCUCGUGAAACCGGUACUAGAUGGAAAGAUUAUAUAUUAGUAACAUUAUUAUUAAGUGCAAUUAUUGGAUGUUGGUAUGCAUAUCAACAAAACAAAAAUGCUAAACGUCACCUAAGACGAAUGGCGCAAGAUAUGGAAGGUUUGCAACGCGCUGAACAAAGUCUUUUAGAGAUGCAGAAGGAAUUGGAGCGUGCACGAAUGGAACAAGAAAAUGUAGCUACGGAGAAAAUGGAUCUAGAGCGACGUUUAAAAGAAGCGCCUUCACUUAGUUCUUCCAGUUCAGAUCUUGAGGUGCAACAACUUAAAAAAGAAAUAGAAAUACUUCGAACAGAACUGUCACGUGCUGAAAUUGAAUUAGUAGAUAAUUGUUGGGCACCACCGCCACAAUUGCAGUCUUGGUUACAAUAUACUUAUGAAUUAGAAAGUAAAAAUCAUAUGAAAAAACGUAUAUCUGCCGAGAAGCAAUUGCAAUCAGCACGUGAAGCUUGUGAAAAGCUGCGGAAGAAGCGUUCAAGUUUAGUUGGUGCAUUCGUUUCGACACAUGGCAAAAGCAUUGAUGACGUUGAUCGAUCAAUAGUUGAAGCCCGUAACGCACUAGGUGAAGUAACCCAUGAGUUGCAGGAACGUUUACAUCGAUGGAAACAAAUUGAAACGUGCCUAGGAAUAAAUAUUGUAAAUAACAACGGUUUACCAUAUCUCGAAAGUGUCUUAUAUGGUCGAAAUGGUGGUACUAUUAAAGGUUCAAGAGGUCGCAUUACAAGCAGCAGUACUGAUGAUUUAGAUGAUGAAUCCGUUCAAGAAAUUUUGUGUCUUUAUCCAGGCAUGCUCGACACAUACAGCAGAAGUUCCGCUGGACUUGGUGGUGGCAGCAGCAGUAUCAUAAAUAGCAGCUCAAAUAAUAUUCGGGAUGAUUCUUCAUGCAGUGACGAUGGUGCUGAAACUCAAUCUGUACAAUUUUAUUUGAGUACGGCGCCAACAACGCCCUCCAUUACAAAUACGCUGCCCGCGAAUAUUGCAGGACAACGUGCCACUUUACCACUAGAAGCUAUAAAUCAUAUUGGCAAUAAUAUAAAUUCAUCGAUUUCAACAAUACCAUCUACUCCUCUUGCAAUACAGCCGUUAAGUUCCGCUUUACCACCUCCACCAGCGUUACCAUCGCACAAUAAUGCACAAACGAAUUUCACUUUUAGUGAUAGCAUCGGAGAUGAUAACCGUCAUAGUCCAUCUGCAUCAUCAGAACAUUCAGUUACGGUACCUCCUCGUACUAAAAAGCAUAAUUACCCUUCGUCAGUGCCACCACCACCGAGUGGACCUAUAGGUCGGGUACCUCUACCUCCACCUCGAAAAUCGACUCCGAGCCAAAUGUUGCGAUCCCAAAGUACCGACUUGGUUCCAACGGAAAUCUACACUACAUACUUCUCCAGACAACAACAGCAGCAACAAGCACACACAUCAAAAUCAAGUGGAAUAUCCGGACAACAACCCUUUAAUACAAUUAUCGCAACAGGAAACUCUAGAACUACCAGCGGCAGCAACAACAACAAAAAAAUGGUUAAACAGCACAGUAGCGCAAGUCAACAAUCUACCUCAUCCACCUCAUCGUCCGUCCAGUCUGCACCUCCCGCCGUCGAAUACAUCAACGCCACUCAAGGAUAUAAUCCCAUUACAGACAAGUGGUCGCCGCAAGAGCGAAUCUACGAGCAUCAGCAUAUGUUGCAACAAUAUGCACAUCAUCGCAAGCAGCAGCCUCAACUCAGUGAAGUCGAAGAGUCAUUUUUGUCAUCCAAAAUCCCUGCAACGAAAACAUCUUUCAUUAGUGCAACAAAUUCAACAACCGAUCAAGCGGGAAAGUCAUCCAAUUUGCAAUUUAGCAGCAAGACGAAGUGUUGUGUUGCGUCCUCCACCACCACACUUGCGACCACUGGUACGUCGACACACAGUGAUACCCAAAUGGAUAACUCACUCCAAUACGCCGCUGAAAGCACAAGUCUCGACGGCAGUAUUAAAAAACGAAAGCGAAGAUUACGUUUCACUUUCUCCGGAAUUAAAAAAUCAUACUCCCAAAGUGGCAGCACUAAAAACAAAUCUACAUAAUUCUCAUAGCGCAAGCUGCUUAUUGGCUGCGGAGUCCUUGAGUGGAGUUAGUGAUACUGAAAGCUGUUGCACCAGCGAAAGCAGUAUUACAAA